GACAGAGAGGGAGAGAGGGUCCGCGAGCAAGACAGCGAGCUUCAACAAUGAGCAAUUACCCCUGUUGUUGCUUGCUGAUGCGAAAUCAAGCCCUCCAGAAAAGAAGUAGUUGGUGAGAAGAGAGGAUUCCAGGAUGUGCUCAACAUAUGUUCAUUAGUGUGUAGUGCUUCAAUGGAAUCUCUUGUUUCUGAAACAAGGACUCCUAUCAGGAUUGGGGACCGAUCAACCAGUGAUGUUGUUGUGAGGAUACGGACACAGGAUGGGCGGGAUGAUUGGUUUUAUUGUCACUCGCAGGUCCUCAUAGAAAAGAGCAAGUAUUUCGCUGAUCGCCUCUCUGAAAAUUGGCCAACAUGUCAGAUUCUUGACUCACGCAACUGCGUUGAGGUAUACUGCCAAGAAUCAGAAUUUGACCACCAUGUCAGUGUCCUCCGCCUUCUCUACAAUGUAAUAGAUGGCUUCGUUGAUGACAUGUGGCAUGGUGUUAAAAAUGCCCUUGGAAUUCUUCAGGUAGCUGUCAAUCUUGGAUGCCCACAAAUCAUAACUGCUUGUGUGGACUACUUAGAAGCAGUCCCCUGGGAAGAGUCUGAGGAGGAGGAGAUUUUAAAAAUCAUACCACGGCUCGGAACACAAGUGGAGCCAAUUCUUGCCCGUCUCCUACCAGUCAAACAAUCAGCCAUAAUGCGAAUUUUUUUCUCAACCAUCCGAUUUGCCACAUCUUCCCCAUCUCCAAUCAUGAAUGAUCUCAAGUCUUCAGCCCAGGAACAGCUUGAGUACAUGCUAACCGAAGAUGAUGAUGCCCCUCUCUUAGCAGCUGAUGACGAGAUAAAAUCUGAGGUGAAAGAUUGUGUGAAGAGACUAUUUGAAAGAUUUAAUAAUCUAUUAGAAGCUUUAUUAUGUGAGAUGGAAUUAUUUUCUGAUGGAGGGAAGAUGCAAUCAUUUCAAUCACUUUUAUCAGAUCUGUCAUGGGCAUGUCAGAUAUUAUGUAAGUUGGAAAUUAUGAGGGAACUUGUCUGCAACUGGACGGAUGCAUCAGAUAAAAUAGUUAAGGUUGUAAAGGAAGCAAGCCCAACAGCUGAAUUGAUUGAGACAAAGCUGAGGGUUAUUGAGGUGGCGGCAAAGAUUCUAGAGGCAAUAGGUUACGGCACAGUCAUUUUGCCCACUGCAAAACGGCUUCAUAUGGUGAAGGUGUGGCUUCCUUUUGUUAGGGUUGCGAAACCACUGAUCGAUUCUGUCACAACUGCCCGUGAUGAUGCUCCGACACUGAGAAUGGAUAGUGAGCUGUGGCAAUCCCUAGAAUCCACAUUUGUUUCCGUAAUUCUUGCACUUCCAUCAGCGGAGCAGGCAGAGAUAUUGACGGAAUGGUUGGGAAAUGAGCAUAUUCAAUAUCCUGACCUGACUGAGGCAUUUGAGGUAUGGUGUUACAGAUCCAAGGUAUCCAAAAGAAGACUAUCAUUUCUAGCGGUGAACCAUGACAAGAUCAAUACAUAUUAAGUCAUUAACCUCUUCUCUUGACCCUUUUAAACCUUUUUAGUAGCUGUUCACACACCCUUUCCUUAACCAACGUAUUUUGCAGAAACCUGGGGAGAAAGGAGGAUGAUUAUGAGAAGGAGACACCAUAUUUGAAUUAGUAGCCCUAUUUUGAACUUGUUCCAUGUAGAUUGUGCAUCUAGGGUUUCAUAUGUCAUUUGGAUUUGUCUUGUAACUCCUGAUUAAUUGUAAAAAUUGUAAUUGUUGGGGUUCUUAAUGUCACAAGGUAACCUUGAUCAAGGUGAAAAAUCAUAUGUGCAAUUCUAAUUUUGUAAGUAUCAAUACUUUAUUUGAGCA